AUGCAUGGUUUAGAAUCUAAAGAAUGGGAAGAUGAAUUAAAAGGAUUUCCUUCAAAUGAAAAAUAUAAUAAUUUGGAUAGAGCAUUAGAAGGAAAUGAACGCAAGAGUGAUUGUAUAACUUUUGAAGAUGAGGAUAGCAAUAUUAAAGAACUGUGUAAAAAGAUGGCAAGGAAUUUAAGGGAAUUGGGGUCAAUGCCAAUUGGUGAAAAUAGGAGAGAGAGAUGUUACUAUUUGCAGCAUUGGUUGUAUUAUAAAACUAGGAAAAUGCUUAGUUUAAAUGAAUAUUCAAAUAGGAAAGAUUAUUUUAAAAAUAAACUUAGGCAGGUAGCGAAAAAUAUCAAUGACAAAGAAUUAAGACAUGCGCCAUGUGAAUGUGUUUUUUAUGGUGAAUUUAAUCAUUGGAAAGAAGAGAAACAUAUGCAUGAUUAUUUUAAGGACUAUGAUUAUAUUCAGUGUAACGAUGCUGAUAAAGGAAUGUGUCAAACAUAUCUUGAUUAUGUUACUUACAUUAAUAAAUUGUAUGAAAAGUAUUAUUAUGAUGAAGAAUAUGAUUGCUGCUUUUACUUGGAUGACUGUAAAUCAUUUUUUAAUUGUGAUGAAAAAUAUAAGCCAGAGGAUUUGUUAACUGAAUUAAAAGUAAAAAUUGAUCAAUUAACUGACGCCAAAAUAUCAGAGUACCAGGAUUCAGGACAUAUGGGACAAGAUGAAUAUGCUCAUUCACUUUCACGAAGUAGCAUGAUGCAAAGAGAUGAUGAUGUAGGAUCUUCCGUAAACACACAUGACUUGUUAGAUGAGGAAAGUACUACCAUUUCUAGCUCCCUAGGAAUGACAGAUAAUUUACUGAACUCAAAUAAUUUACAUCAGUUAUUAGUCGCUUCUUCAAUAGUGGGAACUAUAUUAUUUUUAUAUUUUUACUAUAGGUCCACCUCACAGGCGUCUAGGCCACACAGAAGGGGAAUAAAAGGGAAAAAAAUUAAUAUAUAUCAUAAUGACGACAUUGUAUGCGAAUUACCGCAUCAUAGUGUAGAAAACGAGUUAUCGGAUUCUGAAACUAGUCAAUUACAUUUACCAUAUUAA